AUGGAGCUGGAAGCGCUGCGCUCCAUCUACGAGGGAGACGUGUGCUUCAGGGAGCUCAGCCCCGUGUCCUUCCAGUACAGGAUAGGUGAAAGUGGAGAUCCCAAAGCCUUUCUAAUAGAAGUUUCUUGGCCAGAAACAUAUCCACAAACAGCACCAGUCAUAUCGAUGGAUGCUUUCUUCAACAACACAAUAUCUUCAGCCAUUAAGCAAAGCAUAUUGGAUAAGUUAAUGGUAGAAGUUGAAGCAAAUCUCGGAACUGCAAUGACAUACACGCUUUUUGAAUAUGCCAAAGACAAUAAGGAGGUGCUCAUGGAAAAUCAACCUGUGAACACUGUGACUUCAGUAAGCAAUAGUAUUUCAACUGGAACUCCUGAAGUGCCACCAAGUAAAAAAAAAGACAAAAAGGAGCAGUUAUCCAAAACCCAGAAACGAAAACUAGCCAAUAAAACAGAUAACAAAGGAGAGCUUCCACGAGGAUGGAACUGGGUUGAUGUAAUUAAGCAUUUAAGCAAAACUGGUUCUAAAGAUGAUGAAUAAAGGACUUUGGUACAAGGAAACUCCACCUUUUAAUACAGUGCAAUUCUGGGUCACCAUCUCUCUCUUAAUAACUUUCAUAUUUGUUGAAGUAAACAUUUUAUAAAGCUUGAUUUCCUAACUUGUAAAUCUAGUCACACAAGCUUAUCUAGAGACCAUGUGGUUGUCUUCAGAAAAAUCAACCAACAAACUUGCCUUAAAUGAAGGUUAGAAUGUGACAAAGGAUAUAGGGAGCCAGUGUGGUGAAUAGUGCUGAAGUGUUUAUUAAUUUAUAUUUAGUCUGUAGUAAAAUCCUGUUAUAGUGAACCCAAUGAUACUGUAAACAUUUCCUGAUGUUCUUAUUCCAAUUGAAGAAAAAAGCACUAUAACAGUGAUUGGUGGCUUGAUGGCUUAAUUCAUCAAAAUAAAUUGUUCCGUGGAAAUAAGACCUUUGUCAUUUGUUUAUCUAGUAUGAGUUAGAAGGAGGACAUACAAAUUGUUGCAUUGCAGAACAGGCUAGAGCUUGUGGUCUCAUUUUCACUAGUAACUGGCUGAAAUAGUAAAUACUAGUGAAAGCAAGGCCAAAUAUUCUAGUCUGCUCAAAAAUGAAUGGUUGAAGCAGGAAUGCAGCUUCUUUAUUGUGCACAAUAUCCAUCUGUUGGUCUUUCUCCAGUGUGCAUGUUUACAGACAGUGGGAUGUCUGAGGAGGGACAAAAGUGCUUUCUUGCACGUGUCUCAGUGAGUGUUGGGAUUUUGUAACUGCUUCAUUGGAGAAAUAGGCAUUCUUUGGAGGGAUUUCCUGACUAACUGGUAAUCAGUAAUCCAUCAAACAGUUUGGGAGAAGUUCUUUGUGAGAGCUCUUUUCUUUUUUUUUUCCCUAAUCUGCUCUCUUGUAUAAGAAGGAGAAGUCAUUUUUACUGUAUGAACUGUCAUUGAAUACAAGAUGCCUUAAUGUCUUUUAUUAUUUUUGUUUGUUUUGAGAUGAACUUUAAUAAAUGCCUAUUUAUCUGC